GGUGGGGACCGCGAGGAGCUCGAUGGUGACUGUGCACAUCGCUGUGUGAAUGACAGAGGAUGCAUGGAGGUCUCCGACAGCUGGCAGCCACAGAUCCGUGUCCUCCUCGGUGCAGCAGCGGCGGCAGCGGGCGUCCUCUCCGCGGGCACUUCCACCUGAGCCAGCGGCAUCAUGGGAAGCUCCUCCUCCUCCCUCGCUGACGAGGCGGAGGACGACGCGGCGCCCCGGGGUGCAGCUCUGCCUCCCUCCCCCAUCAUGGGAUGCCUGAGGAGCAGCCAAAGCACAUUCCUCCCACGGCAGCUUCCCAGACCGGGCCGGCACAGGGAGCGCAGUUUCUCCUCUGGAUCGAUGCCCAUCCAGAGGAGUCAGUGGGCGUGCGGCUGCUGCACUUUCCUCAAUGCUGCCGGCGCCCCCCGCUGCUCCAUCUGUGAAGCUCCUCGGCAGGGACCCGAUGCCCGGUGGAUGUGGCCCGGAGCGAGCAGAGAGGAUGACGGUUGGGCGUGCCCACGCUGCACACUGGCGAACCCCCCCGACAGCCUGGCCUGCAACCUCUGCGGCUAUGCCAGGGCGUCCGCGGAAGCCCAGCCCCGGCCUCAGCGCUCCAGCAGCUGCUCCGGCCCCCUCAGGAUGUCCUGGACGGAGACGUGCCGACCGCAGAGCAGGAAGCAGCCCCAAGACGCCGACAAAAGCGGCCUGGCGUGGGAGUGCUCGAGGUGCACGCUGCAGAACACGCCCACCUCCAUGUCCUGCUCGGCCUGCGGUGGACCCCGCAAACUGUCCCUCCCUCAGAUCCCGGCCGAGGCGCUCCUCGUGCCCGACGUCUGCGAGGAUCCCGGAGCACGGCGGGCCGAACCUGCAGCGGCAGCGCUCUCGCUAUCGAUUUCUGCCCGAGGGGAGAGCUUACCUGCAGAAGCUUUGCAUCCGAACACCUCCUCCUCCGUGCUGACUGCGCCCCCUGCUGGCCACAACAAUCCAGUGCCCUGCAGCCGCAGAGAGGUGCCCCCUCCAGAUGUUGGCCUCAGCCAGGCUCAGAGCACGUCUUCUCCCUCCAUCCUCGCUGUGUCCCAUCCCUCCACCCAGCCGGAGCUGCUGGCCGGCAGGAGACUCAGCAUCCUUAAAGAAGAGAUGUCCCCGUUGUCACCUGCAUCAGACGCCUCCAUGUCGUUUUCGCUUGCUGUCCACAGGAUGGAGGAGUGGGCGUGUCCGGCGUGCACACUCAUAAACCGGCUGGAGUCCAAACACUGCCAGGCCUGCCACACCCCUCAGCAGCUAAAAGCGGAAUUGUUCCCAAGGAGGAAGGAGAGCCGGCUGGUGGAGGCGCUGCGGCAGAGCGACGAGGGUGCGGCCAAAGAGCUGUGGGAGAACAUCGUCAGCUUCUGCAGAGAGAACGCGGUGACGUUUGUGGACGACAGUUUCCCUCCUGGUCCAAAGUCCGUCGGCUUCCCAUUGGACGACAGCGUCCAGCAUCGGGUCAAGAAGUGGCUUCGUCCACAGGAAAUCAGCUGCGCCGCCUUCAGAGACCGCGGCGUGAAGUGGACCGUUUUCCGCACGCUGCGUCCGUCCGACAUCCUGCAGGGGCUUCUGGGUAACUGCUGGUUCCUGAGCGCCUUGGCUGUUCUGGCGGAGCGGCCGGAGCUGGUGGAGAAGGUGAUGGUGACCCGCUCGCUGUGCGCAGAGGGAGCCUAUCAGGUGCGUCUGUGCAAAGACGGCUCGUGGACGACGGUGCUGGUGGACGACAUGCUCCCGUGUGACGAGAGCGGCCACCUCCUCUUCUCUCAGGCCCAGAGGAAGCAGCUGUGGGUGGCUUUGAUUGAAAAGGCUCUGGCCAAGCUCCACGGUUCCUACUUUGCUUUGCAAGCCGGCCGUGCCAUCGAGGGCCUCUCCACCCUGACCGGGGCCCCCUGCGAGUCGCUGGCCCUUCAGGUCAGUGCCACCAACCCCAAAGAGGAGCCCAUCGACACGGACCUGAUCUGGGCCAAGAUGCUGAGCUCCAAAGAGGCUGGGUUCCUGAUGGGGGCGUCCUGCGGUGGAGGUAACAUGAAGGUGGACGACGCGGAGUACGAGUCUCUAGGUUUACGUCCGCGACACGCGUACUCUGUGCUCGAUGUGCGGGACGUUGACGGCCACAGGUUACUGCAGCUGAGGAACCCGUGGGGUCGCUUCUCCUGGACCGGAGCCUGGGCGGACGACUGGCCAGACUGGCCUCCGCAGCUGAAGAGGGAGCUGUGUGCCCAGCGAGCCGAGGACGGCCUGUUCUGGAUGGACUUCUGGGAUUUCACCAGGUACUUUGACUCCGUGGACAUCUGUAAGAUUCACUCAGACUGGCAGGAGGUUCGAGUCCCCGGCGUUUUCCCCCGAGCUGCCGACGUCCCCGUGUCGGUGGUGUCGAUCACGGUGCUGGAGAGGACGGCCAUGGAGCUGGCUUUAUUCCAGCAGGGCAGCAGGCGCUGGGACACGGCAGAGAGCCACCUGCUGGAUCUGUGCGUGCUGGUGUUUCGGGUCGCCUACGACAGCGCCGGCACGCUGACGCUGGGCCGCCUGCUGGCUCACAGCCGCCGCUCGGUGAGGAGGUUCGUGGGCUGCGAUGUCAUGCUGGAGCCGGGCGAGUAUGCCGUCCUCUGCUGCGCCUUUAACCACUGGCACAGCUGCAUCACCGAGGGCGGAGUGAGCUGCGGCAGGUCGGAGGCACCUGGCUACGUGCUGGCGGUCUACAGCUCCAGACUGGUGAUGGUGGAGCAAGUGACGGCCUCCAGCACCACCAUCGCCGACGCCAUCAUCCAGCUGGCAGAAACCAAAGGCGAGCGGCACGAGGGUCGGGAGGGGAUGACCUGUUACUACCUGACCCACGGCUGGGCGGGGCUUAUCGUCAUGGUGGAGAACAGGCACCCGAGGCAUCACCUGCACGUGUCCUGCGACUGCAGCGACAGCUUUAACGUGGUGUCGACGCGCAGCAGCCUGAAGACCAUCGACAGCAUCCCUCCUCUGCACAGACAGGUGCUUGUGGUUUUGUCUCAGCUGGAGGGGAACGCUGGGUUCUCCAUCACGCACAGACUGGCUCACCGGAAGGCCGUCCAGGCCUCUCUGGGGAACUGGAGCCCCUCGAAGGCGACGCACAGUCCGGCUCUGAGCCCCGAGACCGCAGGUCUGCACCGGCCUCGGCCGCUAUGACGAACCGGGAGGAAGCGUGUCGAUGGACACAGGAACCCAUCGGACCGCUGCCUUGAUAGAGAACAGGGUUAUUUCCCACGGACUGAGUCUGUUAGAGUCAGAGCUCCUCAUCGGCAGAAGUUAUCAAAGUGAGGCUGAACGAAAACAGGGUCAACAUCAGAAAACACUUUAAUUCUCCUUAAAUCUAAGUUUAAACCAGUCUGAGAUUACUUUAAACUGAAUUUAAUUAAGAUGAAAUUCAUUUUCUAAGAACUGUUAAAGGACCAGAGUUCACACAUCAUCUGUCAUCACCAGAAUAACACGCCACGUCUGAUUGGACGACACAAACCGAGAUGGCGACGCAUCACACAGCGACGUGACGGCUCGUCAGAGCGCGGACGAGCUCAAUAAUUCAGUUUCGCUUUCUUACAGAUGUGGAACAGAUGUUCCAAAGGUUCAGACAUCAUGUUGCUGUUAAUUCCAUCUGUUGGUUUGAAAUGGAAGCAGCCCUCCCAUUGGCUGUCCGGUGUGUUCACAUUUGGUAAAAGGAUGAGUAUUUAUUCUUUACAGACUAAUUGCAAUCAUUCAUCCACAGACUUGUUUUUUUAUUCUUUACGUUUAAACAUUUACGUAGCUUCACAUCUGGAGGAGCCAGGGAUGGAACCACAGACCUGAGGAGGAGGAGGUGUACCUCCUGACUUCAGUGGGAGUUUCUGUAGCCUGUCCGAUCGAUCUGUGUUAUUUAUUAUUUCAGAGGUUGAAGCAUUGUCUUUUCACAGAUCUUUAAAUGUCUCCUGCUCAUUUCUGCCUCCAUAGUUUUAAUCUUGGACCUUCUUUAUCUGCUGCUGACUCUUCAUGCAGCCGUUUUAGUUUCUGUCCCUUCAAGGCCCUACUGCCUUUACAGCCAUUUUGUUUCUCAUUGGCCAGCUUCUGUAAGCCUGCAGAGGGGCAGCACUUAGUGUCUGUGAGCUGUGCUGUUCCUGUAGCAAAGGGAGAAGCUGCAUGAGUGCCAGUUUCCCGUCUGCAGGGAUGAAGCUUCUUCUUUUAAGCCAGUCUGGAAGUUAGUGCCGUCGCAGCUCCUUCAACAUAAAAGCACGCUCUAACCUUUUCUUCUUCUGGAUUAUUGCAGGAAAUCGUCUCAGUGUGAAAUGCUAUUUAAUACCUUCCCUUUUUAUCACUACAAACUGACACCACGUUUAUGAGUUUUAAAGCACUUGCGACAAGUAAAGCGGUCACGAUCAACCUGUGAAUGUUCACCUGUAAGGUGGGAUUCACACCUGCGUGCUGCUCCAACACUUGAAGGUGGAGCUCCUGAUUGCUCUCUGCUUUGACUCCAACAUUUUGAUGCUGCUCUCUCAGGAUUUCCAUAUUGUGAUUUCAUUGGCUAGUGGCAGCACUGGAGUAUUUGUAUAAGCAUGACUUGAUUGGCUGACACCAGGUGAAGCUCGAAACACCUCCGUGUGAAUCCUGCCUAACAUCUGAAAGUGAAGGUCAGAAAUUUGGAUUCAAUUUUAUCUACAUAACACCAAACAACAACAGCCACCCCCAGGUACUUUAUAUUGUAAGGUAGAGACUCUACAAUAAUACAGAGAAAAUCCCAACAAUCAGAUGAGCAAGUACUUUGGCGACAGUGGGAAGGAAAAACUCCCUUUUAACAGGAAGAAACAUCCAGCAGAACCAGGCUCAGGGAGGGGCGGGGCCAUCUGCUCUGACCUCAUAGUUGCACAGAGUUUAAAUUUCAGUUUGAAUUUAGUCUAAAGUAACACAUUGUUUUGGGGUUUGUUUUUUUUGCCCAACACUGAUUGGAUGAGCUCGACCUGCAGGUGACUCCCAGCCCAGGUGUCUGUUAACGACACUUUGACUUCUGCCUUGGGAGCCUCAGAGAAGUGAACCCGGAGCCCUCCCCCCCCCCCCCAGAAACACCACAUUUAGAGCAGAAAUCACACGAUGCACUUUAUCCGUCACAUCAGAGCGUGUUCAGGUCCACGCUGUCUUUGCUGCAACCACUGACACCUGAUUGGAGGGUAGCCGUGGAGAUGACGUGGUGUCAGUGUGAUGCUUGAAUGUUGUGUUUUAGAGUCACAGCGCAGACCUGCUGUGUGAAGCAUUAGCACUUUAUCAACUGUAUGCUGGAGUCUCUUUUAUUUUGAAGGACGUGUAGGAAACAGUUUUAUUCUCGUGGAUUUAAAACUACCAUCGUGUUGACAGAAUGAAAACUAUGCAAAUGUUUGAAAGCUGUCUUUAUGCUUCAGAAAAACAAGUCGAGCUCUUUAUCUGCAGCUUAUCUUCUCUGAUAGCAGGGUAAAAAUAGACGUGUAUGCAUUCUGAUGUGGUUAGUGUUACACUGACGCUUUUUAAACGUUCAGGUUGACUUUUACUCCGUAUUCUGUUCGCUCAGUAGCUACUUUAAUAUAAAGUUUAUAUAUACUGUAUGCAUAGCAGUAUGAAUGUAAAUAACAAUAGAAAAAAU